GACAUUUUUUCGCUGUUUUGUUCCUUUUUUACUUUUUCAGCGUCUGGAGGAGAUCAUGAAGAGAACACGCAAGACAGAUGGAGGUGACAAGAAAGAGACAAAGUCCUCCCCACUUGCACAUGUCAACGACAAACAGGCAGAGAGCAGCAAAGCAUCUGCUGACUAUCAGCCAAAGUCAGAGGUCAACCUGCCCAACAACAAGCCAGAAAACGGACAGACCAAUGUCAUGGAAAGCCACUCAGUCCAAGUGGUUAAUGGGGUCCAGCCUAUGAGACAUGAAAAUGGUCUGUGCACUAAAGAAGAUACUGCCCACAUUGAAGACAUCAUUCAUCUCACAAAUCACGGCAACACCACUAAUGGAGCCCGGGAUAAGUCUGAGACCAGCAUGGCCACUGAGCCGAUCCUCUCUUUUGAAAGUGAGGAGUCAUUCAUGAAGAAGGCAGGCCCCAUGAAACCUCAGCAUGUUGCAGGACAAAAGAAACACAGACAAGGACAAGGGGACGAACGGUUUCUCUCAGAGGAAACUCGCCAACCAGUCGACUUCCUGACAUCCCUGCUGCUGCCGUCUAUGAGCCGCACUGAGGCGGAGGAGAGGACUUUCCAACGAUCCUGA